GCAGGCAUCCUCUCUGUGCGCAAGCUGGUCUACAUGCAGCUGCAAAAAUGGGCUGCAUCAGCUCUAAAACGCCAGUGCAGGGUAAGACUUGUUUUCAAUUUGUUCUGCUUAACACGCACGGAAGGCUGCCACUUAAUUUUUGCUGCAACCUUUUGCGUGAGGUGCAGUCAGUUGGGCGGCUUGUGCAGCAUGCUUGAACCCAAAAGGAGACACCCCUCACAUCUUUAUUUUGACUCUCAUUUGGACCAUGCAGCAUUUCAUUAUUAUAGAAUAUAUUGAUUUGAAUGCUGUAUCAUCGGAGAUGUGCUAAAGGGGGGGUUGUGUCUGCAGCCUUAACCCUUUAGAGGGCGCCCAUUGAACUCAUUGGCAACCAUGGACGACAAUGGACGUCCAAUUCAUUUUAACUUGUAAAUGAUCGCUGCCAGCCAAGCCCAGUCAAAAUGGAUUGAACAUCUAAUGCUGCCAAUGAAAGAUGAGCAUUCAUAUCUAGUUUUCCCAGUUUAAAUCAACUGAAUGCAGGGCCGGCCCAGGUCAUUUGGGGGCCCUAAGCAAAAUAAUGCAAAGGGGUCCAUAUUUUUGGCCCACCAUUUCAUCACAGUGUACUGUGAAACCCAUACAUGCAAUCCAACCCAUACGUCCAUAUUUCAUAUUAAUCAGAUUUUGUUGCACUACAUACUUCAAACUUCUCACCCCAAAUGAUUGUCAGUACUUACAGUAGAUAGCGCCAAACCUUUUUCUAAAAGAGGAAAGAAAGAAGUUAAGGAAGAACUCUUAUUUUUUUAAGCUUGUAAUCAAGUUACAAAACUCACAAAAGUCAAAUACAGCAAACUGUAGUAAACAAAACAAACCAAAAAAAAAAAAAAAACAAUUGCCAGAUUGGGGGCCCCCAAGUGGUCAGGGGCCCUAAGCAGCUGCAUACUCUGCGUAUAGGCUGGGCCGGCCCUGACUGAAUAUUUAUCGUUGUCAAUACGAGGCAGGAAGUUAAUACAGUAGUAAAUAUUGUUAUUUUUUCUAAAUAUAUAAUUUUAAACUGUAGUUUCUUUUUGUUAAAAAAAGAACAUGUAUAAAAAUAAAACACGAAAAAGACUAAACAUUGUUUUCUUUAUUUCUUUAUGGUUUUUAACCAAAAAUGUUAAAUAAAAUGUUACAACUGCAUUCUUUUGAUUAAAUUAAAAUUGUGUGGGUUUUUUUAAAAUUAGAAAUACUUUGGGGAAUACUUGCCAUUAGUCAAAAGGGAAUAUUUGCCGUUAGUGCUAUUUUAUUUUUUUAUCGAUUAUUAUCAAUAUUUAUCAAUUAUUGGGGGCCAUAACCAGAGUGUAUGUAUUGGGUCAUGCACCAGAUGUUAAUAUUGUAGCAUGCAUGGCUCAAAAUAUGAUGGACGCCAGAUCUUUAUGAAGGUGUUUUAUUUAAAAAAAUAUUUAUAAUAAUAUAUUUAAAAAAAAAAAAAAACUUAAUAAUCGCGAUAUUUAGGGGAGCCGCGCGAAGCUUUGAGCGUGCACGCCUGUAAGAGGCGGAGAAAGAAGACCGAGGCGCCCCUGACAUCACUGAGGGAUGCUCCCUGAAACACUUUUUAUUGUCGUGACGUGAAGACUCGGCGAGACACGAUGGUGCUGGCCGCGCUGACCCAAUUUAGCUGUAAGUGGCAGUUGAUGGUACGUUGCGAGUGGACUGGAGCCCGCCAAGCUCCCGGUCCGACCUUACACUAUUGGGGAGCACACAAACCUGCCUGGUGCGCAGACUGAUUCUGACAGCACCUUUGGGUGCACUGGACUUCAGCCAGGUGAAUGUUGAUGACACCAUUGAAAUGUUGCCAAAAUCAAGGCGAGCUUUGACUAUUCAAGAGAUAGCCGCGUUGGCGCGAUCCUCCCUGCAUGGUAUUUCCCAGGUCGUGAAGGACCAUGUGACAAAGCCAACAGCCAUGGCACAGGGCAGAGUUGCCCACCUCAUCGAGUGGAAGGGGUGGUGCAAGCCAAUAGAAACACCAGCCCUGGAAUCAGACUUUAAUUCUUACUCUGACCUCACGGAAGGAGAGCAGGAGGCACGCUUCGCUGCUGGUGUUGCGGAACAGUUCGCCAUAGCCGAGGCUAAACUGAGGGCUUGGUCGUCAGUCGAUGGAGAUGAUUCCAACGAUGACUCAUACGAUGAAGACUUUCUGCCUGUGAACGAGCCCGCAACACAGAGCACAGAUGUGCCGUCAUAUCCUACGUACUUAAAGGAGUUGAUCCACAGCCAGCUUUGUCAACACCUGGGCCUAGGUGGGCCAUGCUGCGAGGGAGGGGGCGGAGGAGACAGAGAGGGAGGGGGCAGCGGGGAGCCGUCCCCUACGGGGGGCUCGCCAGACACUCUGUGCUCCAGCCUGUGCAGCCUGGAUGAACACCACCCGCUUCUGCGUGACCUCAGUGGCCAACACGGAGGCCACGGCAAUGCCGCUGAGCUCGCCGCCAAAAUUCUCUCAGCUCUGCAGGGAGGGGAGGAGCUUCUGAUGGCUCGACUUCAGAGGGUAGGGCAGACGGGGCCCGGUGGGAGGGACUGCGGCUUCCGUACCUUUAGGAGCAGGGGGCCACAUGGGGGUCAGGACUCUCCCGCGUAUUCUGGGUCUUACUCUGAGACAUACCUGUCCCCCGGGGAGGAUGACGACACCCCAUGUAAGGACUACGAGGCCACCUUGUGCCCACCGGAGGCCAACGGGGAGGAGUGCCUGCCAGAUUACGAGCCUCAAAGGAGAAUGUCUGACGUGGCCUCCUCAGGGAUCGUUUCGCUCGACGAGGAUGAAGAGGGGGACGAAACAGUUCAGGGCGAGUCAAACGACCAAUGACUCCCUCUGCUCUUUGAGGUUCCUUUUUUUAUGCCCUCUAUCAUGACACCGUUUGAUUGAUUUACCAUCCGUCUUUGCCUUACUCGCAACAUUUCAACUCCAUUUGAUAACUCUGAAGAAACUCGUUCAUUUUUUUUUUUUUUUUGCAAGCGUCCAAACAAUCGUUUUUUGCGCGUGUUAACACGAUGUCUGGACAUGCUACAGUUGAAGCCGCAGGUUUGAUGCUCACAAUGCAGGCGCUGAUCUUGUCUGUGGUGAAAACUCCCCCAAAAAAGAACAUGGACGGAAUGACUGAGUCCAGAACUUUUUCUUUGCAUGUGUUUUGCAAAUUCUGGCGUCGAUAGACCCACCAGAGCACGGUUGUAAUUUCAAUUGCGCCCAACCCAAAGGAGAAGCUUACCCCCAACUCCCGACUAUCCUUUGCAAGAGACAAACCAACCAACAUGUUUUGGGGCAUGGCUUGCUGCGUAUGCCAAACUACUUAUUCUUGUCACUAUUAGUUAUGAGCAAAUGCUGGAAUGUCUUAAAGUGACAGAAAAUAAUUCUAAAAUGAAAAGAAAAAAAAGAUUUGUCACAAAUGAUAUGACAAAAACUGAAAUGCUUUUAUUGUACUAGUUUUUUAUCACUCGUUGAUUGUUCAUAUUAUAUGUCAAAUGUCAUUAUGAUUGAUGGACUGGAAUUCUGUGGAUUCCUGCAUGGACGACACGAGAACUUUUUGACGUAUUGAAUUACAUACACACGCACAUGCGUGCGCGCGCACACUGAUCAGCAGUGGAAACAACAAACACUAGAGAAUGUUACUGAAGAAGUGACCGCUAGUAUGUGUAGAUUGGGAAGUCAAGUCAGAUGAUUAAUAAGACGGAAAAGUCUUUUUCUGUGAUGAAACGAAUUUGGAGAUUUUCUAUAUUUUUGUAUACGUCGUCCUGCUUUGAUCUCUAUGCCUAUGCGGCGUGCCAGUGUAUGUGGUUUCUUGCACGAAGCUAUUUGGUGGCUGUACAUUUCUCCUUUUCUUUGUUAUCACUGUGUGAUAUUGUCUAUCAAGGAAAAAAAAUGUGAACAAGCAUAUUUCUUUUACUUUUGAUUUCAAGAGAAUGCUUAGUCUUUUUCAGUUAUUGCCAUUUGUCAUGAUCCUUAAAAAGAGCUCAUUUUUAUUUUCGAACAAUUUUGAACAUUUGCAUCCAGAAAAGAUUUGCCUUUCGAACUACACUUUCAACUCUUUGUUGUAAUCUUUGCAAAACGGCAUGUUUCUGUGAUUCGUUCGGGAGAAAAAAAUUCUCCCAAAGUAACUGUCAUUCAUGCAACUCAGGAAAUCCAAUCAGACCACAGCAUCAGUGCAUCCCACCAGCAUGUAGAACACCACUUAACUCUCCUUCAGCCUGUGUGUGUAGUGUACGUGUGUGAGGGAAUGCUUUGUGUGCUCGUUGUUAUUAUUAUUUCUACCAAAAAAAAAAAAAAAAUAUAUAUAUAUUGGCUCCCUUUGCCCCUUUUCAGUUGUGUAGGAAAACCUCAAUGUGUGAGUAUCUUGUCAUUGGUUCUCAACUGUUGUCAUCCUGGGACCUACAUUUCCCUUUUCUCAAUAUGUUGCUAUCCAUUUUUAUAGAAGGAUCAUAUAUAGUUAAAAAAUAAAAAUUGUAACAUAUAUAUUUUUAACAUACUAUAAUAAAAUGUGCUUGUAUUUUGAAAGUGCCUUUCAGAGCACCCUGUUAAGAAUGAACAUGAUGGCUGCCUUUGCAAAAAUGAAUAUCUGAAUAGUUUGGCCUCCUUUUUUGUGAACAAAGGCACUAUCUUAACGUGAGCCCCAACUAAAAUUUUGAACUACCUGUUCCCUACCAGUCCACAAUGGCUCUGUGACUUUUUUAUUUUUUUGUCCUGACCCAGCAGUUGAGAAUCACUGCACUAUCUGUGAUCUGUGUGUGUGUUGUAUGUGAAUUUAAUUGUACUGUAAGAUGUCAGCAAGCAUCUUCGGCUUGCACCAUUUACUCCAACGAUUCCCUUUAAACAAUGGAGUUGGAAAAUGUUUUUGGUUUUUUUUCACUGGUGCUGGAUAUUAUAACUAUACAUAUGAUUAAAAUAUGUAUAACGAUAGCAUGGUAUACUGGGGGUAAUGUUGCUUAUCGUGGACGAUUGUGAUCACAGAAUGAGGUACUAAUAUAUAUGUAUGGCGGAAAAUACAGACAAGACUGAAAAAGCAGUUUCUGCUCUUGCACACCUCUUUAAAAGAAACUGCUGUAUUUUAAGCCAAAAAAACUGUUGUGUUUGAUAGAACAUUAUGUCUUUAGGCUGCCAUAGCAGAUUCAUGGCGCAUUAAGCCCCCAAACUAUUUUUAAUUUGUCCGUUUUACCCUGAAAACCCCCGUUUACAGACGUCGUGCAACUGCUUUUGUUUCAACCCAGCCAUAAAAUGGAGGUAAUUAAUUAUAUGUAUUAUUCAAAAUGUCUGUCAUUUUUAGCUUUGAAUCAUUAAUUGAUGUCUCAUAUUUCCUUUUAAUAGAAAAAAACGACAUUGAAAAAUUAUUCACUCACAUACUUUGAACUUUUGAACAAAUUAUGUCACAAUGAAAAAAGAUAUCUACCUCAUAACUAUCGCUUAAUUGUAUUUUUUUUUGUUACUGUCGCAUUUUCUCCAAUAUGUUUGAUGAUAAAUAAUUGAUCCAAGCAAGGAAAAAAAAAAAAAAAAAAAAAAAAAAACGUUUAAAAGGGUAAAUAUGUGAAAAAAUACAUCUCGACCACUCCUUGAUGUCUAUGAUUUCUGCAUCGGGACCCUUGGUAUAUUACCAUGUUUCACCCAUAAAAUACCCCAAAAAUCCAGCUGUGGCCAUUCACAGCUGUGUCUUGACACUCAGUGAGGCUAUGUGGAGUUUUUGGAUCGAAACAAGGUAAGUACGCGAUAAUGUCUUGUUAAAGUCAUGGCGUCUGUAAUUCUGCUCUCGCGUGCUCUCACCUCUAGAUAGGGUUUUCUGCUUUUUAAAUGCCAUCCUGUUCAAAAUUUUUCUUCCCCCAGAAAAUUUAGAUUUUAAGCUUUCCAAUGAUGUAUCACACAUGCAUAUCGGACAUUUUGAAAGUUGGCUAAAUUGGGGGUCUUAGAGCUAACUUCAAGUCACCUGAGUGUUUUCCGCCAUAUACAUACUAGUCCUUCUAAAAAAAUAGCAUAUUGUGAUAAAGUAAAUUAUUUUCUGUAAUGUACUAAUAAACAUUAGAGAUUCAUAUAUUUUAGAUUCAUUCCACACAACUGAAGUAGUUCAAGCCUUUUAUUGUUUUAAUAUUGAUGAUUUUGGCAAAAAAGUCAAGAAAAAACCAAAAAUCCCUAUCUAAAAAAAAUAGCAUAUUUAAUCCGACCAAUACAAAAAAGUGAUUUUAAUUAAAAAAAAAAAAAAAAAAAAGUCACCCUUCAAUUAAUAAUAUCAGCUAUGCACUCAAUACUUGGUCGGGAAUCCUUUUGCAGAAAUGACUGCUUCAAUGCGGCGUGGCAUGGAGGCAACCAGCCUGUGGCACCGCUGAGGUGUUAUGGAGGCCCAGGAUGCUUCGAUAGCGUCCUUAAGCUCAUCCACAGUGUUGGGUCUGGUUUCUCUAAACUUCCUCUUCACAAUAUCCCACAGAUUCUCUAUGGGGUUCAGGUCAGGGGAGUUGGCAGGCCAAUUGAGCACAGUAAUGCCAUGGCCAGUAAACCAUUUACCAGUGGUUUUGGCACUGUGGGCAGGUGCCAGGUCGUGCUGAAAAAUAAAAUCUUCAUCUCCAUAAAGCUUUUCAACAGAUGGAAACAUGAAGUGCUCUAAAAUCUCCUGAUAGCUAGCUGCAUUGACCCUACCCUUAAUAAAACACAGUAGACCAACACCAGCAGCUGACAUGGUACCCCAGACCAUCACUGACUGUGGGUACUUGACACUGGACUUCAGGCAUUAGGCAUUUCCUUCUCCCCAGUCUUCCUCCAAACUCUGGCACCUUGAUUUCCGAAUGACAUGCAACAUUUGUUUUCAUUUGAAAAAAGUACUUUGGACCACUGACUAACAGUCCAGUGCUGCUUCUCUGUAGCCCAAGCUCAAGUCAAGCGCUUCUGUCGCUGUUUCAGGUUCAAAAGUGGCACCAGCACACGCCUUUGCACGGUGGCUCUGGAUGUUUCUACUCCAGACUUAGUCCACUGUUUCUGCAGGUCCCCCAAGGAAGGUCUGGAAUCGACCCUUCUCCACAAUUUUUCUCAGGGUGCGGUCACCUCUUCUGGUUGUGCAUCGUUUUCUGCCACACUUUUUCCUUCCCACAGACUUCCCACUGAGGGGCCUUGAUACGGCACUCUGGGAACAGCCUAUUUGCUCAGAAAUUUCUCUAUGUGUCUUAGGGAUUUUUGGGUUUUCUUGACUUUUUUGAAUUUCAAAAUUGUCCUAUAUGUAUGUGUGAUACAUAAUUGGAAAGCUUAAAAUCUCAAAAAAAUUUUAGGGGAAGAAAAUUUUUGAACAGGAGGGCAUUUAAAAAAACAACUUUUAAUAAGUAAAAUCCUAUCUGGAGGUGAGAGCACUCGAGAGCAUAAUUAAAGACGCCAUGAUUGUGACGAGAUAUUAUCGCGUACUUACCUCUUUUCGAUCCCAAAAAUCCAUGUAGCAUGUAUCACCGUGUGUCAAGACACAGCUGUGAAUGGUCACAGCCGGAUUUUUGGGGGAUUUUAUGGGUGAAACAUGGUCAUAUAACAAGGGUCGCGAUACAGAUAUCGCAUACAUCAAGGAGUGGUCGAGAUUUUCUUUUUUAUAUAUUUACCCUUUCAAACGUUUUUUUUUUUUUCUUUUCUUUGUUUGGAUCGAUUAUUUAUCAUCUAACAUAUCGGGAAAAAUGUGACGGUAACACACACAAAAAAA